GCUGAUAACAAAACAAUUGCUGCAUUGUGUGAAAAUUUUCUGAACUGCACUAAAAUUGAGAAAAAAAAUAUUAAUUAACAUUUAUAUACACAAAAAAUAAUUUCCAAAAAAUAAUAAAUUAAUGAAAUUAUAAAAUAUAUAAACAGCAGGAAAAUGGGUAAUCAAUUAGUUGGUAUAGCACCAUCCCAAAUAUAUCCCGUAGAACAUUAUUUUUCGGGUCAAUUUGGCAGUGAAAUUGUAUUCGAUUCGAACAUGGGGAGCACCCGGUUCUUUAAGGUGGCCAAAGCGAAAUCAGAAGAGGGUCUUAUUGUGGUAAAAGUUUUUGUUAAACAUGAUCCCACUUUGCCACUGGAAGACCAUAAGGAAAGGGUGGAGUAUAUAAAAAAGACUUUAGCUAAUGCCGUUAAUUGUUUACCUUUUCAAAGGGUGGAGCUUACCGACAAAGCUGCUUACAUUAUGCGUGAAUAUGUCAAGCACAGUCUUUAUGAUCGUGUCUCCACUAGACCAUUUUUGACGGUGCUCGAAAAGAAAUGGAUUACCUUUCAAAUUCUAUGUGCUCUUAACCAGUGUCACAAACAAAAAAUCUGUCAUGGUGAUAUAAAAUUGGAAAAUAUCUUAAUAACUUCAUGGAAUUGGAUUCUUUUAUCGGAUUUUGCUUCUUUCAAACCUACUUAUUUGCCCGAAGAUAAUCCAGCUGAUUAUACAUAUUUCUUUGAUACCAGCAGAAGACGUACUUGUUAUAUAGCACCCGAAAGAUUUGUUAAAACUUUGUCAUCAGAUGAUGCAGAUGGUAAUGCUUCAAUGUUUCCAACUGACUCUAUAAUACGUUUGGGUCCAUAUUAUUCGGGUAACACACUACUGCCAGCGAUGGAUAUAUUUUCAGCUGGAUGUGCUCUUUUAGAAUUAUGGACUGAAGGUACCGCUCCAUUUGAGUUCUCCCAAUUAUUAACUUAUCGCAGCGGUGAACGUGAACUUGUCGAGAAACAUUUACAGGGCAUAGAAAAUGAACGUUUACGUGAUCUUUUAGCUUCUAUGAUUGAUUUAAAUUCAAUGAAUCGUAAAAGUGCUGAAGACUAUUUGGAUCAAGAACGAGGUCGUCUAUUUCCCGAAUACUUUUAUUCCUUUCUACAGUCAUAUUUACAAAUGUUUUCCUCAUCACCAAUAAUGUCACCCGAUGACAAAAUAAUGCGUUUACAUUCGGAUAUUAAUCAUUGCAUUAAAGUUUUAACAUCGGGUGAAUGUUCAGAUUUAACACCCGAAUCUGAGUCAGUCGAUGAUAAACAAGUAAAUAAUAUUGCCAAUGAAGAGGAGGAAAAGAAAGAUUCUGAAUCAUGUGCCAAUAUGUCACCAGAUCAAGAUGGUUUAAUUUUAAUUAUAACUGUGGUAACUUCCUGUAUACGUGGUUUGAAACAUUCGAAUACGAAAAUAUGUUCUUUAGAAAUUUUACAAAAACUUUCAAAAUAUACAACUUCAGAAACUAUACUUGAUCGUAUAUUGCCUUAUAUACUACACUUGGCUCAAAACUCCUCAGCUAAAGUUCAAGUUCAAGCUAUUGAAACUCUAACAGCUUGCCUCAGUAUGGUUAAAGAUAUACCGAGAAGUGAUGCUAAUGUAUUUCCCGAAUAUAUUUUAGUAUCAAUUACCAAAUUGGCAAACUGUGAUCAGAGUGCAGUAAUUGUAAGAGUAGCAUUUGCUAGAAAUAUAGCUAAAUUAGCAAAAAUAGCUAUAUAUUUUUUGGAAGAAACACAACGUAAUUCUCCCAAUGAUAUGCCAACCAGACGUUAUGAAGCUGAGUUAAAUGCUCUGCAUGAGAUUAUACGCCAAACGGUGUUGAGUUUGUUAACCGAUCCUAAAGCUAUUGUCAAACAGACUCUAAUGGAAUCAAAUAUUUGUGAUUUGUGUGCUUUCUUUGGCAAAGAAAAGGCCAAUGAUGUUAUUUUGUCUCACAUCAUGACAUUUCUCAAUGAUGAAGAUAAAAACUUGAGAGGUUCUUUUUAUGACAACAUCGCCGGCGUAGCUGGUUAUGUAGGAUGGCAGGUGUCUGAUAUUUUAGUGCCUCUUUUACAGCAAGGUUUUACGGAUCGUGAAGAAUUUGUUAUAGCAAAAGCAAUAAGAGCUGUUACCAUUCUCAUAGAAUUAGGUCAUAUUAAAAAACCAACUGUUACCGAAAUCAUACAAGAUACUGCUUGCUACUUGUGUCAUCCCAAUUUAUGGAUCAGACACGAAAUAUGCGGCAUGAUUGCUACAAUGGCCCGUACUUUAUCCGCCAUAGAUGUGCAAUGCAAAAUAAUGCCGGCCAUAUCGAAAUUUCUUAAAUCGCCUUUGAUUCAAGUUGAAAAACCAGACAUUUUAUUGGAUUGUAUCUUACCACCCAUACCGAGGCAGGUGUAUGAUAAUGUACUGCGAUUUGCGGAUGUUCAUAAAUUUAUUCACGCUUUGGAAGAGCGAGCUAAAAUACGCAGUACUACACGUCCCGGUUUGGUGCCACAAUAUGGCGACAUGGGUCAGACUUUAAGCAGUCUAUUCCGCCGUUUAAAUUCUGAAGGCCUGACCGAUCAAGUUGAGAUACAAUUAUUGGCUAUGAAAAAUUUUCUGGUGAAGCUGAAAUAUAAAUCUCAACAAGAUGCCGAUGAGCCAUCUAUAUCAUCAAAUGGCCGCAUAAGUUUAAAUCGUAAAUUUAUUAUUUGUCAUGAUUUUGCUUUGGUUGAUAAACAUUCAACCACUAAAAUGACAUUAGAGCCUAGAGUUAGUGAGGGCAUAACACCCACCUCACCACUGUCAGAUGUUGUUGUUUCACCAGGUGGUGGCUUAUCGGGAAGUCCAGCUUCCGGUGUCAUAGUUUUGGGAGCCCAGGCAACUACAGUAAGCGCAGCAACAUCUUUGGGUGAAUACACAAUGCCCGAAAGGAAUUAUUGGCAGGAACGUUCAUCGGAAUGUCGCAAAGAUUUGGAAAGUUUGCGUACUAAAAUGAAAAGUCGUUAUAGUGUUUUAGCACUUUCACAACGUAGCCACUUGGAUAAACAUAACAGUCCCUAUCCACACGGUUGGCGUUUGGGUGGUACUAUGGUCGCUCAUUUACAUGAACAUUCCGAAUCUGUUAUUAAACUUACAUCACUUAAGCCAUAUGGUUCACUAUUUGCCAGCGGUAGUAUAGAUGGUACUGUAAGACUCUGGGAUGCCAAUAAGUUGAGUGGUAGUCAUGGCAUAAAUAAAUCACGGCAAGUAUAUACGGCCAAUACACCGAUUUAUUCGUUGGCCGCCUGUGAUAAUGGACAAUCAUUGGCAGUUGGCGGUAAAGAUGGCAGUUUAUUAAUAAUGCGUAUAGAUAGAAAUUCUUCAAAGAUGACAUUACAACAAGCAUUGCAUUUAGAUCAAAAUGAAAAUGAUGGACCGGUGGUGGAUAUGCAUUCCUAUGAACAAUGUUCUCAAAGUGUUAUUAUCUAUGCUACACUAUAUGGUGGUAUAGUGGCCUGGGAUACGCGCAUGCAAAAUAGUGCUUGGCGUUUGCAAAAUGAAUUAAGACAUGGUGUUAUAACCACCAUAUGUGCAGAUCCCACUGGCUCUUGGCUGGUAACGGGUACUAGUGGUGGCAAGCAUAUUUGUUGGGAUUUAAGAUUUCGUUUACCUAUAGCCGAAAUAAAACAUCCCGCUGAUUCUUGGAUACGUAAAGUGGCUUGUCAUCCCACAGAACCGUCAUGUCUAAUAUCAGCCUCACAAUCUAAUAAUGAAGUUUCUAUUUGGAAUAUAGAAACAGGUCACCGUCAUACUGUAUUAUGGGCCAGUACAGCUCCAGUUUUAUCCUACACUAGUAUGAACGAUCCGGCUACUACAUGUGGUAUUUUAAGCGGUGUGGUCGACAAUUCUCCCUUUUUAAUAACUGGCAGUUCUGAUCAACGUUUACGUUUCUGGGAUAUAACACAACCGAAAGGGUCUUCAUUAAUUGUACCAUCGGCUAAGGAUAAUCUCAAUGAUGUAUCAUUUAACUAUGAUUCUCGUUUAAUUGAGGGUAGUCAAGUGAUAGAAGAGCAUAUUAUUCCCAUGGGAAAUGUGGCAGACAUUAAUUCUCUUAGAGCUUCUAGCGAAGAGAAUCCACGUUCCGGCCCCGAAAUACCUUCGGCCAGUCAUCAUGAUGCCAUUACCGAUUUACUAAUGUGCAAAACCGACAAAGAUCAAAUUUAUGUAGCUUCAGCUGCACGUGAUGGUGUUAUCAAAUUGUGGAAAUAAUUCUAUUUCAAUUAUUUUUUUUCUUAUCUAAAAACGUAUUCUUUUUUACUGUGAUUAUAUUUAAGUUCUAUGAUUAAAAAUAUAUAUUUCAAUAAUUUCCAUGUUCAAUAUCGUAUUAAAU